CGUAUGAGAAAUUGUCUCUCCCAAUUUUUUUGCCACAAGAGAAACAUAUGAGACUUUGAAGAAACAAAGAAACAAAAAAUCCACAAAGAGAACAUGGGGAAGAAUAUGCAACUAAGCUUACUAUAUGUUGUGGAGUUUACUAUGGUUGCUUUUACAUUGUUGUUGGUAGUUGAUGGGCGAAGAUUGAUAGAAACGCCGAUCGUUAGAUUGGAUAUACAAACUAACCAAGUGACGAUGAGCAAUGGCAUUGUCAAUGUUACAUUAUCAAUACCAUAUGGUGUCGUUAUGAGCAUAUCAUAUGGUGGAGUCAACAACUUACUCGCUACUCAAAAUGUUGAAAAAAAUAGAGGGUAUUGGGAUAUUUUUUGGAAUCGUACAACAUCUAAAAGAGCUCGAAAAAAGUUCUUGGGAAAUAGUUUCGAGGUCAUUAUGGAUACCGAAAACCAGGCAGAAAUUUCGUUUAAAAGUACAUGGAAUGCUUCUCAAUCUGAUGAACUUCCAUUAAACAGUGACUUAAGGUUUGUGAUGUUACAAGACACACCUGGAUUUUAUACGUAUGCUAUCGUUGAGCGUUUGGAAGGAUGGCCUCUUGUAUAUAUCGAAAAUUUAAGAGUUGUCUUCAAGCUUCAACAGGACAUGUUUGAUUACAUGGCUAUCUCGGACGAGAGGCAGAGGAUCAUGCCAAUGCCAGUGGAUCGAGAGACGGGGAAGGUGCUCGACUACAAAGAAGCUGUUCUUUUGACAAAUCCAACUAAUCUAGAUCUAAAAGGAGAGGUGGAUGACAAAUACUUUUAUGCAACUGAUAACAAAGACGAUAGAGUUCAUGGAUGGGUGAGUUCCACUAAUCCUCCAGUAGGAUUUUGGAUGAUAAUUCCGAAUGAUGAAUUUCGUACUGGAGGACCUUACAAACAAGAUCUCACUUCACAUGUUGGUCCAACUGUGCUAUCUAUAUUUGUAAGUAGACAUUUUGCUGGAGAUGAUCUUGUUAUCAAAUUUCAACAAGGAGAGCCAUGGAAAAAAGUUAUUGGCCCUGUAUUUCUCUAUCUUAACUCAAAUUCUUCAGCUAUGGACAAUCCCACCAUACUCUGGGAUGAUGCUAAGAGAAGGAUGAAUCAAGAAGUUGCAAACUGGCCUUAUGAUUUUCCAGUUUCGGAAGAGUACAUCAAAUCUAAUCAAAGAGGAAUUAUUCGAGGCCAACUUCUUGUUAACGACAGCACUACGACUUUAAUACCCGCAUCCAAGGGUUAUAUAGGGUUAGCACCACUAGGAGAUGUUGGAUCUUGGCAAAGAGAAAACAAAGGUUAUCAGUUUUGGACUAAAACAAAUGCUAUGGGGAAUUUCACCAUAGAAAAUGUCAUAUCCGGUACAUAUAACUUGUAUGCAACCGUCCUAGGAAUAAUUGGGGAUUACAAAUACACUUUUGAUGUACAAGUUACUCCAGGUUCUAGUAUUGAAUUAGGGAGUUUGGUUUAUAAUCCUCCAAGAAAUGGAGCUACACUUUGGGAAAUCGGUGUACCAGAUCGAACAGCUGCUGAGUUCUUUGUUCCAACGCCACCUCCAGAAUUUAACGUGCACGUAUACCAAAACAAUUUUGAAUCAAUAUUUAGACAAUAUGGUUUGUGGGAACAAUAUAGUGUUUUAUAUCCUGAAAAUGAUCUUGUCUACAAUGUUGGGACUAGCAAUUAUUCAAAAGAUUGGUUUUUUGCUCAUGUUACUAGGAACAUAGGAAACAAGACCUAUAUAUCUACCACAUGGAAAAUCAUAUUUAACCUUGAAAUUAUUGACAAUGCAUCAAAUUACACUCUCCAAAUGGCUCUUGCAGCAGCUCAAAGAGCUGAACUACAAGUUCGUUUCAACGAUGAAAACGUUGUUGAACCUCAUUUUACGACAGGAAAAAUAGGGGGAGAUAAUGCAAUCGCGAGACAUGGUAUUCAUGGAUUAUAUUUUCUUUAUAGUAUCGAAGUAAAGGGCAAUCUACUUGUAAAUGGAACAAACACAAUUUUUCUUACACAAGCAAUAGCUACUAACCCCUUUCAGGGAGUAAUGUAUGAUUAUCUUCGUUUAGAAGGACCUUAUCAAUGAUAAAAUGGUCAUU